AGGCAAGAGUGCAGAGAGAAGCAGGAGAAAUAGAGAGAGAGAGAGAGAGAGAGAGAGAUAAAGUUGCCUGUGCUGAAACUGGUGGAGGUUUUGUAGACACUUUGCAUCUAGUUUACUUCUUAUUAAAUGUUUAGGGGAAGAAGGCUUGGGGCUCUCCAGAGAACAGAGGAAGAUCAAGGAAAGAGUGAUUGGAGGAGAAACAAAGAAGGACUUGCUGUUCCAAGAGAGAUCAUUGAGUGGAUGUUGCCGUACUCAGUAGUGUCAGGUUUCACAAAAUGAAAGACCACUACAAGAGCACUUCUGCAGGGCUCAACCACCCAAGCCAGGAUGCCAGCUGCUAGCAUCAUGACUGGUGGAAGAGCGCUGCUGCUCUGUACAAACACAGAGAACUGCAUCUACCAGUCAGUCAACGGGAUCCAGUGCUGUGGCUUGCAGCUUGAAGGCGCUCAAUCUGUGGUCUCACACAGGCCGGACCUGUCCAGGGUUGUGGACAUACAGUCCCCCCUAACAUCCCUGGACAACGCUAAUCUUUUCCCUGGGAACAUAAAUAUGCCCAUGCACAAGAGACAGAGUGACACUUAUCCUGUUGAAAAUGGCCUGGGGGGCUGCAACAAGCCCACCAAAAAUCCUGUGGGAAUCAAAAGCACUGCCAGCAUUAGGGACAAAAUAUCACAAUGGGAGGGCAAAACAGAUAGUGCUGGACCAAACAUACAGACUGUCAUACAGAAAGAGACUGAAAGUGUGAGAAAGAAGGAUGUAAAAACUGCAGAGGUACAAAGAAAAGAGAGUAAAAAAGGUUUGAACAGUGACAGAAAGGACAUUGGCAAAGAGAAUGGAAAUAAGAUUGGAGAAUCAUGGAAAGGUUCAGAUGCAUGUACAAGGGAAAGAGAUGUGAUACUGGACAAAGUGCCUGUGGGGAAAACUGACAUUGUCCAAGACAAGAAGUCUGUUUUGACGCACAUUAAGAAACUUGAGCAAGCCAUGAAGGAGACACCAACUAAGCCAUGCUUGCCAGGCAACUAUUUCUGCCCACCUUCUAAAGACAAGCAAGAGGAAGCAGAGAAAAAGACUGCAGAGCCCAUCUUCGGGACUGUGGAAGUGGUAAGAGCAGGGAGCCGCCGUGGUCGAAACAGAGACCCUGAGAAUGUGUAUACCGAGCCAGGGACUCCAUCCAUUAACCCUCUGCCUAAACCUCAGCGUACCUUUCAGCACCACACUCAAGCAAACAACCCUGGACCUCCCCAAGGUUCAGUAAAGGGGAGGCGGAAUCUACCGCCUUUGCCCUCGAUACCCCCUCCACCACUUCCCUCCUGCCCUCCGCCACCUGGGGUGUGUCAGAGGCCCUGGCAAGAACAUACUCGAGACAGUAAUAACAGGAAGUCAUAUGAGUUUGAGGAUUUGUUGCAGUCUUCCACUGAGGGCUGUCGAGUGGAUUGGUACGCUCAGUCCAAGCUGGGUCUCACACAUACUUUAUCUGAGGAGAACGUCUAUGAGGAUAUCUUGGAUCCUCCAUCUAAAGAAAACCCUUACGAAGACAUAGAAUUGGAAAACCGCUGUGUUGGAAACAAAUAUCCUGUUCCCCUGUCACCUACUCUUGAUGUUCCAACUAAGCUCUCCUCUAAGCCUGGCUUUUUCAGGCAGAGUUCAGAACGGCGGAGCUUCAAACUCUUAGAUCUGCGCAAAACAAACAGAGAUGGGGGUAUUGCAUCACCUUCAAGGAUAAGCCCACCAUCAACCCCCAGCAGCCCUGAUGAUACGCCAAGCCUCUCUGGAGACCCCUAUAACCGCAGACGAAGGAAAAUCCCUAAGAUGGUGCUGAAAAUAAAUGGCAUCUUUGAGGCCCGGAGAGGGAAGAAAAAGAUGAAGCGAGUCUCUCAGUCGACUGAAUCCAGCUCAGGCCGAGUAACAGAUGAAAACAGUGAAUCAGAGAGUGACACAGAGGAAAAGCUGAAAGCUCACAGCCAGCGGUUGGUGUCAGUACAGUCAAUGCUAAAACAGAUGGGCCGGUGUCGCACGCUGGAGAGAGAUUUGAUGGACCUACAGGAGAGGAAAUUGUUUGAGUACUUCCUCGUAGUGGCUCUACAUAAAACCAAAGCAGGAGCCCCUUAUUUGCCCGAAGUCACUCAGCAGUUCCCACUUAAGCUGGAGAGGAGUUUUAAGUUUAUGCGAGAGGCUGAAGAUCAGCUGAAGGUCAUUCCUCAGUUCUGCUUUCCUGAUGCCAAAGACUGGGCGCCAGUAGACAAUUUCCCCAGUGAAACUUUCUCAUUUGUCUUGACGGGGGAAGAUGGGAGCAGAAGAUUUGGCUACUGUCGACGUUUACUGCCUAGUGGGAAGGGGAGGCGCCUGCCUGAGGUCUACUGCAUAGUGAGUCGCCUGGGAUGUUUCGACCUCUUCUCAAAAAUGUUGGAUGAGGUUGAGAAAAGGAGAGCGAUUUCCCCUGCUUUGGUGCAGCCCUUCAUGAGGGGCAUCAUGGAGGCUCCGUUCCCCGCCCCAGGCAGAACGAUUACUGUGAAGAACUUCCUGCCAGGUUCAGGCACUGAGGUGAUAGAGCUGUGUCGUCCCUCUGAUUCACGUCUAGAGCAUGUGGAUUUUGAGUGUCUCUUUUCCUCUUUAAGUCUGCGUCUUCUACUGAGAGUCUUCGCCUCUCUGCUUCUGGAGCGGAGAGUGAUCUUUACGGCAGACAAGCUCAGCACACUGUCUCAGUGUUGUCAUGCAGUGGUGGCUCUGCUCUACCCUUUCACAUGGCAGCACACAUACAUCCCUGUGUUGCCACCUGCUAUGAUGGACAUAGUUUGCACUCCUACUCCUUUCAUUGUGGGCCUGCUGUCCAGCUCUCUGCCUCGACUCAAAGAGCUCCCCCUGGAGGAGGUUCUGGUGGUGGACCUUGGCAAUAGCCGUUUCCUACGACAGAUGGAUGAUGAAGACUCCAUUCUGCCUCACAAACUGCAGACUGCUCUUGAGUAUGUUCUGGAGAAGAGGAAAGAGUUAGCCUCUGACAGAGCAGACCUGCCCACUGAGCACUGCUCUCUGAGUGCCGUGGUGUCCGAGGCUUUUGUCCGCUUCUUUGUGGAGAUAGUCGGGCACUACUCACUCUUCAUGGGGGGCAGCGAACGUGACGAAGAGUCAUCAGCCUCUUCCUCCUCACCCACUCCCUUGUCCUUCCAACGCGAGGCUUUCCGCAAGGCCGUGUCCUCGAAGAGUCUACGCCGCUUCCUGGAGGUCUUCAUGGAGACGCAGAUGUUCGCAGCCUUUAUCCAGGAACGAGAGAUUCGCAGGCAGGGACUGAGAGGCUUGUUUGAGGUAAGGGCUCAGGAUUACCUGGACUCACUGCCUGGAGCUGAACAUCGAGGGGUCAACAAGUUCCUCAAAGGUCUAGGAAACAAAAUGAAAUUUCUUUCCAAAAAGUAAAGAGAGUCUUCGUGUUUGGUGGACAGUUUUAAGCACCAAUUGAGGUGCUGUUCUGCAAAGACAUGAACCUAAGACUUCAUGACAGCACUGAGACUGGGGUGAGGAGGGGAGAAAAGGGGAACGCCGUGACCUCAGCAAAUAAACCCAGACCUGAAUUCUUGGCUGAAAAUGCUUUGUUAAAUGCUUUUCCCACAUUUUUAUGUUAUUCAUACCGGUACAGAGGUCAUGCAUCACCAUAGACUGGUAUGUUUUUAAGCUUGUGUGUUUGUGUGUGUGUGUGUGUUUGUGUAUGUAUGGGUGGGUGUGUUUGUGUUCGAAUUACUGUUCACAUGUUGUAAAAUAUGCUACAAGGUUAGAGGAAAAGAAGGCGUGGACCAAAGUUUAAUUUCCUGUACAGUCAUGUUUUUUUUUCUCUUAUGUGUUUUUUGUCUAUUUUUUUUUAUCACAGCUUUUUUUUUUCUAAGAAAUAAAGUACAACUUCUGUAACAGGGGGCAAUAAUUUAAUUUAUAUUAUCUUUAGAAAUAAGACAUCUAUAAUUUCUCACAUAAACCAUUUGCCACCUUUUAAAUACAAGAAUAAACAGAAAAGUCGCUAGUUUGUUAUAGAGUAUUUAUCGCAGUACGUUCCAAUCUUUGUAUUUCUGACCACUGGGACUGCUCAUUUACUGUAUGUUGGGAAUCCAAAAAAGAAGGACAUUUGGAAGGUGACAGAUGGAUGGAUGUAAUUAUCGUGUCCUGGGAUAUAACUCUGCAUAAAUAUCUUGGACUGUGAUUGAAGAAUGGACUUUGCUUUGAUGUUUGUUUUUGUCUUUUGCUGUUCAUAAAACACCACUAAUUGUCUCUGAAACGUGAUUAACAAAAGAGCUGCUGGACUCCGUUUUGAAAUAUCUCAUAGCUGUGAUUUGACUUGUAUUAAAGUAUAUCUGAGUUAGA